AUGGAAAGCGAAAAACAAACUACUGAGAGAGAGACACCGCCUCAGCACUGGAGAAAUUGCAAGUUGAUUAUUGACCCCGCUUUGACAAAAGGACUGUACAAAGUGUACCGUUAUGAUGGACAACACUUUAACAUACCCGACUUAGGUUUGUUUCCUUUGGAUACUGUCAGAGAUCCUCGCAUCUGCCGCCUAUGGAGCAAAAGCAAUAAAACUGAUCUUUUGGUGCCUAAAUUUAAGGUUGAUGAAUGGUAUAUUGGACCUGUUCCUCCCAAAGAAGUGACAUUUUCCAGGUUGAAUGACAAUGUCAGGGAGGCCUUCCUGAUUAGUAUGUGCAAAAAAUAUGGCAAUAUUGAAGAAGUGGAAAUAUUUUACAAUCCUAAAAACAAGAAGCAUUUAGGGAUCGCAAAGGCUGUCUUUGACACAGUGCGGUCUGCAAGAGACGCUGUUCAGCACCUCCAUCAGACGUCUGUGAUGGGAAAUAUUAUUCAUGUGGAAAUUGAUCCGAAAGGUGAAAACAGGGCGCGAUAUCUCCAGCUCCUCUUACGUGGCCUUUACACUCCUUGGACAUUGCCAGUGGGUAGCAGUGAGCAAGCUCUUCAAAGCUUAGUCGACAGUUUGCUGGACAAUGCAGACACACAGCGACAGGGGAGUGUCUCUAGCCCCACCAGCAUUGCCACACCCCUCUCUCUGGACACAGCCUACUCCAGUAUUUGGCAGGAUACACCUUGCAGCUUUGGGCUUACUCCGCGUUCUCAGGGAACCCCUCGUACCCCUUGCUUGUCUGCAACUCCUCUCUCCCAGGACUCUUGCUACUCCAGUCUUCAGGCAACUCCGAUCCUCCAGGGAGAGCCCUCCACCUACAGUGUUCUCAAACCUUUAAGACGAGAACUCUGCCGUCGCAAACCUGCAAGGUAUCACCGGGGAUUCAGUGAAGUCUCCGAUGUCAACUUGAUUUUGAAGCACUGCCAACUACAGCCUCCACACACCCUCUGUACUCAAAUACAAACUAGCAGCCAGCAGCUUGCACCGUGGGGUCACAGUGCACAGUCCUUUACUCAGAAUAACACAGAACCUUCCUUUAACCUUGAUUCCCCCUGUCAAGAGUCCAGAGACGUGGUCACAGAUACCUCCAAGACUUUAUCUCUGAACUGCAAGUCUUUUAGCAUCUUGAGCAUUAAUUUCACAGCUGACCAGGAGACAGCAGCCUCCUCCCCACCUGAUGACCAUGCAUGUAUAACGGAAUUAUCUCCAUCUCCUGUACACAGCCCCCAGACAGAGGUAGAGAGUUUGGACUCCCGCAUUGAAAGUUUGCUGAUAAACAGCCAGAGCACUAACGCCUCAUACUUUGAUAGACAGACUUUGGAUGCUGUUGUGUACUCUCAGGACAGCCCAACUUCACCUUGCCCAGAUCAUAACAUCCCUCUCCCAGAUGACUCGCUUACUUGCACUCUGACAUCCUGUGGGCCCUUUGCAACAAACCACCAGCGCCCCUACAAUGACUUGGAGCUUGACCAUCAUGCAGCACAUGAGGAUGAGGAGCAGUCGGAUAACAGACAAUCUGGAGCUCUGACUCCAACAAAAGACACCUCGCUUCCUCAGCUUACAUCAUUUUCUUCUCAACACCUUGCCCCCACAGCUCCUCCUGUGAUUACAGCUGGAUGCUCCCAGCCACCAGUCACCCCUCUCCCUUUCCCCAUUCCUCCAUUUCCCCCAUCUAUUCCACCUGUCCCACCUCGCCUGCCAAAUGGCACCAUCCCCAUCCCACCUCCAGGUUGGAUCCCACCUCCGGGCCAUCACAUCCCCAUCCCCAUUCCUCCCCCUCCUCUUCCACCACCUCCUUCUAUUCCUCCCCCACCAGCUUUUCUGGGACCUCCUCCACCUUUGAUGGUGCCGCCUUCUGUUCCACCUCCUGUGCACAGGUACCCCUUACCCAUGCGGCCUGCAGGCUGUUUGGAUAAGGGGAAUCCUCCAAGACAUGGCAGCGCACCUUUACUGUUCCCCCGACCGCCCUGGCCUGGUCUUCCUUUUCCAAGGUUUAACCCCUUUGUGCCACCACCAGACUACCGGCUUGUGCGGGAGAACCCUCAUAAGGUCACAGUAGAAAAAGUUUUAGAAGUUCUCAUGGAUGAAAUGAAGUCAAUCAUUAAGAAGGACAUUACACGUAGAAUGAUUGAAGGGGUCGCUUUCAAGGCAUUUGAAGACUGGUGGGACUGUCAAGAGAAGAAAACAAAGUGUGACAGAGAUCAUGAUGAUGAUGAAGACAGUAAUCAUCCUGAGGAAGAAAACAAAGUGGCACAAAAACAGAUGGAGGAUGACUUAGCUGUCAUCUCCCACACAAGUGAUGGAGUGCAGAGCUUAGAUGGCGAGACUUUUUCAGAGAGCAGCUCCACAGGGGGAAGCGAGUACUCGUUAGACUUUGACUCCUCUGACUCGUUCUCCUCAGAGAGCUUUGAGGACUCAUCCUGCUCUAACCUCAGUCCUGAAGAUGAGGACAUGGAGGAGGAUGAGGAGGACGACAGGAGUGAUGAGUGCAUAGUGAUAUCGUCAGAUGAAGAGUCAAUGGAGCUCGAGCCCCCGCUUAACCACGCAGCCCCGCGAACCCCUGGCGCUCAGCUGGAUCUGUGCCUGCAGGACUGGUCAGAUCCGUUUCAUAGGGAAGAAAGAGAGUCAAACCAGUACACGCCCUAUCAGCAAGAUGCCUGUGACUUGGAUGCCCUGAUGGAGCUCCAGACCAGCGAACCCCAGGACCUACAUCCUCCAUCACCUCUAGGACGUCCAGCAGUGGAACCAGAGCUUGAGGUGGAGAUGGAGAGCCCUGAAUGGCCGUUGGAGUCUCUCGAAACCAUAGAAAACCUGAGGCCUCCCACUCCUACUGGCUGCUUGGUGGACAGUGACCCUGACCUUCUGAUUAAAAGCAAACCAACAUCUCCUGUUGUGGAGGAGGUGGAACGACCACAAACACCAGGCAGGGGGAUAGUGGCUGACCUGGAAAGUGAGGACUUGUAUGAAGCCAGUGAAGUCCUGUCUCUCUCUCCGGUAAGCAGUGAGAUAGUUCUAGCUCCCUCUGCCUCAUUGUACCAGGAGAUACCUAAAACUCCUGGUAGAGAGGAGAGAAAUGGAUGGGCUCAGUACAGCUCUGUGAGAGCUCCGGCAACACCUGGCAGAGAGAUGUCAGAGGGCAGUACCACUCUUAGCAGCCCACCACCUAUUCCAUCUCUAUCCAGCAAUCCAUAUAUAACAGCCCCAAAAACUCCUGGAAGAGACAUUAUCCUCCCCCGAAGAGCAGUAGUCCUUAGGAGGAAAACACACAGGGUGGCCACAUCACUGCCCCUCUUGUGUGACGAUUCUCUCAGAGGCUCCCCCACCACAGUGUCCUCCCCAUGCAGCCUUUCUGAAUCUUCAUCUGACUCUGUUGAUGGGAGAGGCGUGUGGAUCGGUUCAUCCAUGAGAACAAAACCCUUGCAGGGACUGGAGAAUAUGCCUGGCCUUUUGGAUGAAGAAAAAUCCUUAUUUAGGCGAAAAAGGUGGAAGAGGCUAAAGAGGAGAUGGAGGACCCAUCAUCGGCAGAGAUCACUUAAAAGAAUCAAAGGUUCACUUUCCUUCCACAGUCACCCUCACAGGUGGCGUCCACUGUGUGUGGAGAGGAGAAUCCUUCAUAGUGUUUGGAAGGAGGGUCUGGAUGAAGAGGAUGCAAGGCUGCUCAAGUGCACAUAUGAAAGGCUGCAAGAGCAGGAUAAUGGCUGUGGGUGGCUCAGUGACACCCUCUGGAUACCUCACCCUCUGACUAAAGUUCACACCGAGAGGAGUGAGGAACACAAGUCCUGGCAGCCAAAGCACAGGACCGGCUCGGCUCGCAGUGAAGGUUUCUAUAAAAUCAGCAGGAAGGACAAAAUUAAAUACCUCAACCACACAAAGCUGACCACUGACCUUCCAUCUACAAGUAGUCAGGGAAUGUCCAUCCCAGCUCAGCAGCCGACCUCACUGCUGCGUGCUGGAUCUGACUUCAGGUCUGAACAGCGCCGCCUGCUUUCGUCUUUCAGUUGUGAUAGUGACCUGGUCAAGUUCAACCAACUGAAGUUUCGAAAGAAGAGGAUUUGUUUCAGCCGGAGUCACAUCCACGAGUGGGGGCUGUUUGCCAUGGAGCCUAUAGCAGCAGACGAGAUGGUGAUUGAGUAUGUGGGUCAAAUCAUCAGACAGGUCAUCGCUGACAUGAGGGAGCAGAGAUACGAGGAGGAAGGGAUUGGAAGCAGCUAUUUGUUCCGAGUUGAUCAGGAUACCAUAAUUGAUGCCACUAAAUGUGGGAACUUAGCCAGGUUUAUCAACCACAGCUGCAAUCCUAACUGCUACGCUAAGAUCAUCACUGUGGAGUCUCAGAAGAAGAUAGUGAUAUACUCCCGACAGCCAAUAAGCAUCAAUGAGGAGAUCACAUACGACUACAAAUUUCCCAUUGAAGAAACAAAGAUUCCUUGUUUGUGCGGAGCAGAUAGCUGCCGGGGCUCCUUGAACUAAUCUCUAAUGAAGUGUCC